AGCAGAGGUCUUGAAAAGUAAUAAAAAAUAAAAAUUAAAUUCCUCUCAUUGAGUCGUUGUGUUCCGUGUCGAGCAAAGUACUUGAUUUUCGCCAGCCAGCACGCGCGUGUGCCGUUCUCGUUUAGAUCUCCAGAUACCAAAGUCCAGGCCCAGAUCCACAAAAGCACACAGUGUAACCACCUCCACUGCCCACCAUCCCUUGAACAUCCCCGUAAGUCCCGGCCACAUCCGAAAGCUGAAGAAGAUGGUUACCGACGCGAAGGACUCCGUCUCGCCCAAGAGCAGCAGCACCAAGGAGGUGCAGUGCCAGCACUCCGGCUGCGAUGAGCCCCAGCCCCAGGAGCCGGCUCCCUUGACCCCCAGCCCCCUGACCACCCCCAAGAGCGGCCGUGUGGGCAUCUUCAACGCCGAGGACUUCCUCUCGCGCGCCCAGAUGAACGACAAGAUCAACAACAUCCUUCGCUCGCCCACCAAGGCUCCCAAUGGGGUACGCCAGCGCUCCGUUUUCACCAACAACAAUCCGUCGCCGCAAGCCACCAUGCGCCUUGUGCCGUCGAUGAACAGCCCGCUGGGCCCUCGUUUGAGCAGCUUGUCGCUGAGCGCUGGGGGCAUGAAGCGCAGCCUGGAGCGCGGCAGCAGCAGCAGCAGCCUGGGAAACAGCGCCAGCGUGGGCACCAACACGGCCGUCCUGGCCAAGGAGUGCUCCAGCCAGACGAACAGCAGUGGCCGCCCCUUCAUGCACCUGGGCGUUCAUGCCGCCCCCCACUCGGCCUUCGGCGCCAUUCCGCAGGUGAAUGCUGGCUUCGAGGCCGUGGGAUUGGAGCUGGAUGCCGGGAACAUCACGCGCAGCGGCAAGAGCCUCACAGGACGCUUCAACUCGGGCUACGGCUAUGAGCCUGAGGGAUCCUAUUGCCUGCCCCAGGCCCACCACACCCAGCAGUUUCCCUCGCCGAUGCCGCCACCACCUUAUGCCCUGGGUCGCGUCAGCUCGCGUACUUUCGAUUUUGAUAACAACACUCCGCCGCCGUGUCCUGGAUCCGGACCCAUUGCCAUGACCAACGGCACCAUCCAGUUGCGCCUGCGCGAAGGCGUUCGCAUUGAUAUGACCUUGGACAAGGCGGUGCGCGUGCUCAACCAGCGCAGCAUGGUGGCCGUCGCCCUGUCGCGGAACUGCAGCAACUCGGCCCUCAUCCACCCCAAUGGACGCAUCCUGCAGAGCGGCUCCAAGGUGGAGAUCGUCACCUAUGACGGCAUGAAGGCCAAUAACUUUGUUCGCUAUGCCAAAAUGUGGUACAAGGGCGUCAGUUUCACCAGCGAGUCCUGUGCCCUCAUCUAUCUGGUGGACACAGCUGGCACCCGCACCACCACCGACACCUUCACCGACCUGACCAAGGACUACACUCUGGCGGUGUUCUACGACGACUCGCGGCACGGCCCAUCCUUCAUGUCGGAUGCCCACGACGUAAUCGCCAAUUCCACCUACAACUGCGCCGAGGACGGUACCGAGGUGUACGACAUCAAUGGAUUCCGCAUCACGCAGGCGGCCGACGGCCUGGUGAAGGUCACUCGCCAGCACAACAAGUGCCUGAUUCGCACCAGUCCUGGCAACGGAUCGGCCACCCUGACCACGCCCGGCAUCCACUGCACGGCUUCGCUGGGAAAGACCUCCCACCUGUUCGUCCGUCGUAACGAGAAGCGCAUGCACUUCGACGGAUCCUGUUUCAUUGUACGCAACGCCGGUCAUUCGGCCGGAUUCAAUGAGAACAACCUGCUGAUUGUCUACUAAGUACCGCUCGCAACAUGGGAUGUGCCCGGCGAUGGGUGUGUGCGAACCACCUACCCACCUCACCACCCAUCACCACCCCAUUAACACACAGACAGCACAGAAAACACACACAGAGACACCGACUCAAGCGUCGACACUGACACCUUCAGCCUCCCCAUAAAGAAAAUGUCCGGAAAACCGGGGCCUCGGCGUGGAGAGGGAUCAGAUCGUUUGAGAAAACCGAAUCUGGGCUAUGAUCAACAAAAAAAAAAGAAAGUUAAUCGUAAAACCGUAUUCAAAAAGACAGCUCGAAAAAGGGCGCGAGCAACGAAAACGGGGCAAUCCUCGGGGGCACUUCCUUCGCCGCCUUGGAUUGCCCUCCGAUUGCUCGACGUAGG